UGAUGUCACCAGACAGAGGCGACACAAGCGCGAGCAUGAAGCCCGAGUGUAAACAAAAGCUCUGCCCUCACGUGCAUGACGUCACAUUGUGCUGAGCAGGCAACAGUGACGUGUUUCCUGUUUCACGGUGAAACAGGAGACGGAGCUGCGGGUGAUGUACAGAGAGCUUCGCUUCAGUGUUGUCUGCAGAUAAUAUCGCCUGAGAACAACUUCCGCUUGAGUGAACGAUGGCGCGAGCGAGUGUGGUGACGUCACGCGGCAGAGGCUGAGCAGGAGGACCGGGAGGGUGAGCUAGCAGCUGCGACAGCAUCCCCGCGUGACACACACGGCCCACUGAAGCAGCACGCAGGAUGGACUCUAUGUCUCUGAUGAGUGGAAGCAGGACCCCCGUGUUCCUCACAGCCUCCUCCUCCCACCACGUCCAGGCCCCCCUGCUGUCCAAAGGCCUGAAGAAUGGAGCUGCAGGUCCAGGAAGCUGGUGCGGGGAUGCUCAGCCUACUGUGGCCAUUCUGGGAUCAGGUGACUUCUCCAAGUGCCUGACCAUUCGCCUGCUGCGCUGUGGCUUCCAUGUGGUGGUGGGUAGCCGCCAUCCCAAAUUGGCAGCCCACUCAUUUCCACAUGUGGUGGAUGUAACGCACCAUGAAGAUGCCGUGGGGAAGGCUAACAUCGUAUUCCUGGCAAUCCGCCGUGAGCACUAUUCUGUUGUGUGGGACCUCAAACACCUACUGGAAGGGAAGAUCCUGGUGGAUGUGAGUAACAAUAAGCGAGCAAACCAGUAUCCAGAGUCCAACGCCGAGUAUCUGGCUUCACUGCUGCCAGACUCUAUCGUGGUCAAAGGCUUCAACGUCAUCUCAGCCUGGGCCAUGCAGCAGAGCUACCCUAAGGAUGCCAGCACACAGGUGUUCAUCUGCAGUGACUCGGUGGAGGCCAGGCAGCAGAUCAUGGAAUUAGCCCGGCAGCUCAACUUCCAGCCGGUGGACAUGGGCACCCUGUCUUCUUCCCGUGAUAUUGAGAACAUGCCUAUCCAGUUGUUCCCUGGCUGGAAGGGCCCUGUUCUUGCUGCCGUGGCCCUCUCCAUCUUCUUUUUCUCUUACUCGUUUAUUCGAGAUAUAAUUCACCCAUAUAUGAAAUACAAGCAGAGUGACUUCUACAAGAUCCCCAUAGAGAUAGUGAAUCGGACACUGCCUGCCGUCGCCAUCACUCUCUUGGCCCUGGUGUACCUUGCAGGACAGUUAGCAGCUGCCCACCAGCUCUACUAUGGCACCAAGUACAAGCAUUUCCCACACUGGCUGGAAAACUGGCUGCAGAGCCGCAAACAGCUGGGCCUCCUCGCUUUUUUCCUGGCUGCUGUUCAUGUCCUCUACAGUGUGUGCCUGCCUCUGAGAAGGUCUGAGAGAUACCUGCUGCUCAACACUGCUUAUCAGCAGGUCCACUCGAACAUGGAAAGCACGUGGAACGAGGAAGAGGUGUGGAGGGUGGAGAUGUACGUUUCCUUUGGGAUCAUGAGUCUGGGGCUGCUGUCUCUGCUGGCUGUCACCUCCAUCCCGUCUGUCCACAGCACGCUCAACUGGAGGGAGUUCGGCUUCAUACAGUCCACUCUGGGGUACAUCGCCCUGCUCAUUGCGACCUUCCACGGGCUGCUGUUUGGCUGGAAACGCGCCUUUGAGGAGGAGGCCUACCGCUUCUACCUGCCGCCCAGCUUCGUCGUGGCCCUGGCGCUCCCGGUGUGCGUCAUCGUUGGGAAGCUGCUGAUCCUGCUCCCCUGCGUUGCCCGCAAGCUCCACCAGAUCCGCAGGGGUCAGGACAGCAGUGAGAUGAGGGGCAAGCGCAUGGAGCCGGUGGGCUCAGCUGCCCACGUUUCCCCUGAGAGGGUCACCGUUAUGUGAUCGGCCUGUUUGUAGCUCCAGGUGAGGAACCGCUGUAGUGACUCUCACUGCGGGACUGUGUCUGAUGACAGCUUCGUGCUGUGGACCUGUUGCUGUAUCUGCUUAUUCUUAUUGUUCCAACGAUGCUGCUUCGUAUUAUUGUGUAGUGUUUAUCAGGACAUCACGUCCCUGCUUUGAGUCGCUGCUGUAACUGAAACUGCAGUUUGUACAGGUCCUGCUCAUCUGUGAGAACAGCUGUUUGCUCUUCUGUGACAUCGCGACUGGAGUGUAGCAGAGGCGCUGUCGGUGGGCCCUGCAGCUUUGAUGAUGGAGGACAGCUGCAGCACAUCUGCCUCUCCUCACUGUAACGCUGCACACCUGCGUUUACCUGUGUGUGUCUGCAGUGCGAUCUGAGGCUGUCAUUCACACAUUGUUUUCCUUACAGACCGUGGUAGAAGUGUGUAACAUUUGUGUGUCAGUCAGUGAAACGUGUUCCUGUGACGCUCAUGUGACACACAGCUUCACACUGAGUGUUAGUUUAUAGUAUUUCGUUGUGUUUUUACAGUGAAUGAACAGCCGGUGUCUAAUCUGCACUUAACCCUUGUGUGGUGUUCAUAUUUUUCUUACUCAGCCAGUGUUCAUGGGU